UUAUUCAUUUUCCAGGAUACAGCCGGCCAAGAGAGAUACAGGACGAUAACGACGGCGUACUAUCGUGGAGCAAUGGGUUUCAUUCUGAUGUACGACAUAACAAAUGAGGAAAGUUUCAACAGCGUGCAGGAUUGGGUAACUCAAAUAAAAACGUAUUCAUGGGACAACGCGCAAGUGAUCCUGGUUGGCAACAAGUGCGACAUGGAAGACGAACGAGUCAUUUCAUAUGAGCGCGGCAAACAGCUGGCUGAGCAGCUGAAUGUCCAAUUCUUCGAAACGUCAGCCAAGGAAAAUAUCAAUGUCAAAAACGUGUUCGAACGCCUCGUGGAUAUAAUCUGUGACAAAAUGUCCGAAAGCCUGGACUCAGACCCAACACUGGUCGCAGGUGGUAACAAGGGCACCCGCCUGCAAGAUCCUCCGCAAGGACCAACCGACACGAAUUGCAAUUGCUAAUUAGUCCCUCGACGAAAGUACGCACGCACAAAGAGUAC